AUGGCGAGAAUCAAGGCUACAGAGUUGAGUGGUCGCACUCUGGCUGGAAUAACCUCCGGCCACACACUAUACAUACGCAAAACAGACGUAAUUUUGUCUUUGAGUUGCGGAGACGCCCAUAGGAAGAAGAAUCAAUUUAUUUUGAUAGCAUUUAAAUUUUUUAAGGAUCUCAACGACAUCAUCUUACAUGCCAGUGACGUCAUGAUGCUGACGAACAUACUAACAAAUCUGUUUACCGGAUACGUUGACGGUUAUUCCUAUCGUCGUGUAAUACUGGAUCCCUUCAAGAUUUUCUCUAGAUAUUUAAAAUCUUGGCUGGCGCUGGAUAUACUUUCUGCAGCUUCUUUUUUGCCACACCUACUAAACAUUCAGAAUGUGACACACCAAAUUAUUCUAACUAGCUUGAAGAUCCUGAGAAUACCUCCGCUCUACCGAUAUUUAGAAAAUAUUAAUAGAGCCUACAGAAGCGGGGUAAGUAAAGGUUUUAUAGGUGUUUUUUCUUCAAGAUUUACACGCGAACAAAGUGAUUUAGCAGAAUUCUGCGAAUAUGGCUGA